AUGGGCAUUUCCGUCCGGAUCACCUCCUGGCAGACCUGCGGAAGAAGGCACCCACCUCCUGGCAGACCUGCAGAAGACGGCACCCACCUUCUGGCAGACCUGUGGAAGAAGGCACCCACCUUCUGGCAGACCUGCAGAAGACGGCACCCACCUUCUGGCAGACCUGUGGAAGAAGGCACCCACCUUCUGGCAGACCUGCAGAAGACGGCACCCACCUUCUGGCAGACCUGUGGAAGAAGGCACCCACCUUCUAGCAGACCUGCAGAAGACAGCACCCACCUUCUGGCAGACCUGCGGAAGACGGCACCCACCUUCUGGCAGACCUGCGGAAGACGGCACCCACCUUCUGGCAGACCUGCAGAAGACGGCACCCACCUUCUGGCAGACCUGUGGAAGAAGGCACCCACCUUC